CAGAAUCGAAUCCUCACUGCAAAGAACAGCAGGAACACAACCGCAGGUAAUACCGCCUAACUCAGUUGGAAACACUACUGUAGAAUCUGCUACUCUGCUUCUAACGGAGGCGCUCUCUGUUCUUCGUCUUCCUCCGUCGCUUCUGCCGGCAAUUAAAUCUUUCACUUCAUUCUAUUUUAGAAAACAAAAUUCGUUCUCAUGUAAGCGUACAUGUAAUAGUCUUAAUUCUCUGAUUUUUGUUCCUUGAUUGAUAAAAAGCCUCUGUUCAUUUUGUUUUCUCUCUCUAAUUUCUGCUGCUACCGUAACGCCGGUAGGGUUCCGUUUCGAAUUGGCGUCUUUUGGUGUAAUUUUUAUCUAGUUUUUGUUUUCGGUGUUAUCUGAAUUGAUGGCUGACUGGCAUCAACUCCUUCAAUCGGUGUUCAUCGGCUUGAUUUUCUCAUUCCUGCUCGCGAAGCUAUUCUCCGUAAUCUUCGCCUUCCGUGACGAGAAUCUCCGAAUCACGCGCGCUCAUUCUCCCGAACGCACAGCCGAGGAGAGAUCUGUAGAUUCGUCGUCGUCUAGGUUUUCUGAAGAAAACGAGCCGUUAAUUGGCGGAAACAAAUCUGAUGACGGAAGCGAGGUGAUUAGCGAUCACAGUGACAGUGAUGAUGAUUGGGAGGGCGUAGAGAGCACUGAGUUGGAUGAAAUAUUUAGUGCUGCGACUGCUUUUGUUGCCGCAACAGCUGCUGAUCGGGCCGGGCUCAAGGUGUCGAGUGAUGUGCAGUUGCAGCUUUACGGGCUGUAUAAGAUUGCGACUGAGGGACCCUGUACUGCCCCACAGCCCUCUGCUCUGAAAAUGACUGCUCGUGCCAAAUGGCAAGCAUGGCAGAAACUGGGCGCCAUGCCUCCUGAAGAAGCAAUGGAAAAGUACAUUGACAUUGUUUCUGAAUUGUAUCCCACCUGGCUUGAUGGUGCUGUCACUCAGAAGAGAAAAGAUGCAAGGAGCAGUGAUGCAGGCUCCAAAGCUCCGAUGGGACCUGUUUUUAGUACCUUCAUUUAUGAGGAGGAACCUGGGUCUGAGAUGAAGUUGGAUGAUAUUCAUUCCUUUGCACAGGAAGGAGAUGAAGAGAAGCUGCUUAAGUGCAUUGAGAGUGGUGUCCCUAUAAAUCUAAAAGAUAGUGAGGGUCGUACUCCUUUGCAUUGGGCUGUAGAUCGAGGCCAUUUAAAUGUCACAGCGUUGCUUCUGGAACAGAAUGCUGAUGUUAAUGCUAAGGAUGAUGAAGGUCAAACCGCGUUGCAUUAUGCCGCAUUAUGUGAGAGAAAUGCUAUAGCGGAGUUACUUGUGAAACAAGGUGCUGACAUAGAGAUUAAGGACAACGAAGGGAACGCUCCCAAGGAUGUUUGUGAGCUGAGCUGGCAAGGCGUGGAGCUUGUAAGCUAAAAUGAUCUGACUAAUUAGUAAUUUUGUGCUUUUGACCUGUUCGACGAAUUAAUACUUCCACUUGCUUAUAUGCCCAGAUAUAGUACCUUUCAUCUUGGUUCAGGGGUUUGUUAUUUUCGACCACAGGGCUCUUUUGUUGUAUCUCGGUGUUCGAUAUAAUGGUUGUUUCCUUAUAAUAGUACUUUGGAUGGAAUUCGUUUGCAAGGAGAUUUUGGAUUAACUGCAAAUAGACAUGAAAGUUAUAGCAAAAAAAGAACAGUUUAAUCUCUUU